UACUUGACUUUUCAAAAACAAAUCAAAUAAACGUUCCAAAAUAUAGUUUAACAUUCAUCGGAGUAAUAUUCGAAACAUUAUUCCUCCUGUUAGACAUUAUUAAGUGCUAUUUAGAGAAUAAAAAAAAUUAAGUUCUACAUUAUUGGAAAAGGAUUUAUGUUUAGUACUCCCUCCAUCCCCCAUAGAUCUUUCCAAUAGCCCUUUUUCUUUGUCCACAAUAGAUCUUCUCAUUUCAUUUUUUAACAAUUAAAAUACCACAACUACCCACUCUUACUUUAUUUAUUACACCUCACCCACCUCAUUUAAUACACUUCACUCAUUUUCAUUAAAGACGUUGUAUGUGGGGAUGUACUUGCUCACCAAGUUUGCUUUCGAUGACGGCAUGAACACUGCUGUUUUUGUCGUCUACCGCCAGGCCUCCGCCGCCCUCUUCUUAGCUCCCAUCGCCUUCUUUCUCGAACGGAAAACUUCACCCCAUCUUUCCUUCACUACUCUCAUUAAGAUAUUUAUGGUCUCCUUGUUUGGGAUUACGGCGACAUUGAACCUAUAUGGGGUAGCUCUCAAGUAUACUUCAGCAGCUUUAGCAUCGGCCACUACUAAUGCCAUCCCCGUUGUCACUUUCAUACUUGCCCUUUUAUUCAGCUAUCCGAUUAUAGGCCCAGCUUGGCUGGCUACUAAGGCCCGCCCAAUAAGAUGAGUACUGAGGCAAGGCCAGCCCAUACGGUUUAAAGGAUGUUCCAAGACAUUUGUGAAAACACUUCCAUAAACAGCUCUCCGCUACACGAAAACAUCGGAAGUUCCAUGAACUUUGUUUUAGUUUAUCAAGUAACAUAUUGUACUCCAUUAAUUUGAAAUUGAGCAAAAACCCACAAACUCCAGGUUGGAAAAGGCAAACCUAAGAACAUUUAGUGGGAUUGCCAAGGUAGCGGGCUUAGCACUAUGCACAGGAGGAGCAGUAACCAUGGCCCUCUAUAGCGGACCAACUUUCAAGCUGCUUCUACACCACCACCUCAUCCCCCACCACGACAAAAACCUCGAACACGACCCCUCUUCUGGCAAACAUUGGAUCAAGGGUGUCCUUCUCAUGCUCCUCUCCAACAGUUGUUGGAGCUUUUGGAUUGUCGCCCAGGUAAACACAAACAUACAAAGCAUCUUUAACAUGUUCAAUCUUCCUUCCUAGAAUGCAAUAAUGAAUAAUCACACUUUGUUUCUGGUUAACAGGGCCACAUUGUUAGCAUCUAUCCCUCCAAACUUAUGAACACAGCACUCCAGUGCAUUUUCAGCACCCUUCAAUCGUUUAUUGUGGCAAUUGCUUUGGUGAGAGACCCCAUGGAGUGGAAGCUUGGGUGGAACAUCAAACUACUAACCAUUCUCUACUGUGUCAGUACCAAUGCAUUUGUUAUACAACUUCUACACCUCUCGUUCUUGUUACCCAUUGAGAUUUGAAUUGAAGAGUAUUGCGUUGUGACAGGGAGUUGUAGUGACGGGUUUCACAUUCUACUUGCAAGCUUGGGUGGUUGUGAAGAAAGGGCCGCUCUUCCUCGCCAUGACCACACCUUUGAAUCUGCUCAUCACCAUUGUUGCCUCUGCAGUAUUCUUGGGGGAGAUCCUCACUCUUGGAAGGUAAAACCCAGUCAAGUUAUUCAUCUUUUCGUAUUCAAUAACAAAUCAUCAAUUGAGGCUAACCAAGCUCGUGCAGCAUCAUAGGAGCAAUCUUGCUUAUAGGAGGGCUCUACAGUGUGUUAUGGGGCAAGAGAGAAGAACAAAAAGAAGACAAGACCACAAAGGUUGCUAUUGAAAACAAUACAAGAGACAUUGAACGCAACCCAGAAAGCAAUGAAUCCGGCCGUGGAAAAGACAAUGCAAGAGUCAUUGAACAAAACUAAAGACAGUUGCUUUUGGAAUUUCCAAAAAUGUAGUUUUUAAGCAGUGUUUAUCCCUAGUUUUAAAAACUCUUGCUCAGAUAAAUAAAGAUCCCACUUCAUAUAUUUAUUCAAUGUGUGAGAUAUUUGCCACAACGCGGAUAGUCUUCCUCGUUGAGAAUUCAUAAGGAAGACUAGAAAGACAAGGAGGCAAAAUGAUUGAUGUAGCUUAUGUUAAUAAUGUUAAGUGCCGCCGUGAAUACAUCUGAGCGGCACUUGACCGUCCAUAAGCACGAUGCAGUAAAAUCACUGAUAUAAACAUUCCGAUGGUUAGAGCCUCGGAGUUAGAGAUUCUCAGCACGACCGUUCAGUCCCGAAAGAUGGUGUUUUAAUCUGAGUUUCUUCACCGGCUAAAACACAUCGACAAAAUCAAAUUUCUUGACUAAAGAGAGAAUGUGCUUCUCAUGGCCGUGUCGAUGAAGCAACUGAAAUGCACUCAACGAAGAUGAGAUAUGACAAACUGGGAUCCUAAUCGACCGUUGAUCUGCGACGAUAUGUCAUCACCGAGAUAUACAAGCACCGAAAUUGCUUGCCCCGGCGUGAAUCGUCAACAAUUAAUAAGCAACAAUGAUAAUCACACUUUGAUGCAUAUACAGAAACAAAAAGGAAGAAAAACGUCGGGGAGCGAGAGAGUGAAAUCGCCGGAGGACCCGAGGGCCACUUUACUAGAAUCGCCACCUUCGCCGGAAACGCAGAACAACGUUGAUGUUAACACAGCUGCAGGAUGAUGAG